GUCAUUAUAUCAAAUUGUAAGGAAUACGAUACUUCUAAAAAUAUAAAUAAUCUAAGCUCAUUUUGAUCUACUCUAAAUAUUUUAUCCGCGACGUGUUUUAAGAACGCAUGACUUUAAGACGAAAAUGAGUUCUUUCUAAUAUGGAAUUAAGGGUUUCCUGAACUAUCAUUAAUUCACAUUCUCUAAAGUGUCGUGAAGAAAUAAGACGUUCCGAAAAUGGGUAGACCAGGAGAAAGGAGAGAUAUAGAUGAAUUGCGCUGGUAUGAGAUUUUGAUGUGUUGCUGUAAAUGCCGCGCUGAAUGCAAGGCAUGCGUGACCAUUCUGUGCCUGUAUUAUAUUCCAAUAAUACUUCUUAUUGCACUCACUGGAGCUUGUAUAACAAUAGGCGUUAUAUGGCGCACUGACUGCUCCUACCAGUCCAUUAUACCAUACUGGGUUAUCGUCAGCUCCGUGACUCCCUACCCACUCUUCGUUUGUAUAAAGGGUAUAAAAGAGAAAUAUUACGGUGUUACAUAUUGGAGGCUAACGUCUUUUAUGUACCAUAUCAUGUUUGCUGCCUGGCUUAUCCUUGGAAGUACAUGGAUAUUCGACAUGUGGAUGAAUGCAGACGACAGUAACUGCAACAAAGUUAUGAGAUAUUUCUCAUUUAUACUUCUGUUGGUGCACUGGUUUUUCUUCGUUCUCUCAACUAUAGCACAGAUAUACAUCAUGACCAAGGUAUGCUGUUGCUGCGCGGAAAACGCCAUCAAACCGCUCAAGGGAGAUGUAAAUCUGGAUGGUGAUGAUCUUAAAUGACGGAAGAGUCGCUACAUUCAUAAAUCCCAGACUUAACUCAUAACAUUAACUCACGAUAUCACAUUAACUCAUAACAUUUACUCACAAUAUAUCAUUUACUCAUUAUGGAGGACAUUUUGUUCCCCUUCAGGCCAACAUUAUUGUUUAUGUAAGUUCAAGGCAUAUGCUUAUAUGGACAUACGCGAUGUCAAGGACAUUCAUAAUUUUUAUUUGCGGGGUUAUUCGGUAUAUUGUCUUUUUUCCGUAAUUACAGCUGCAAUGUGAUAGGUCAUUGGUUCUACGUGCGUGUUUUUUUAUAAAAUGCAGCCACUGAUUCAAUUUAAUUAGCUUCAAUAUGUUGGUAUAUAUAUGCAUGCAGUCAACGGACCGGCAUUUGGAUAUAGGUCUUGUGAAAGCAUUGGCUAUGCGAAUCUAUUUGUAUAUUAUACUGACAACGUUAUGUAUGCAGUUUAUGUAAAUAUAUGCAAUGUUUAUGAAUAAUGUGUUGAUAUAUAUACUGUCAAAGAAAGGUAUAUGGUCAUGUAGAUAUAUACAAUGUUUAAGUAUGAAGUGCUGGUAUAUAUGCUGUAUGGUUCAUGUAGAUAUGAUAUAUACAAUGUUUAUGUAUACAUGUAUCAUGUUGUUACAUAUACAGCCAAAGUAAUAUGUGCAAUUAAUGUAGACAUACACAGUGUUUUAUAUUAUGUGUUGGUAUAUAUCCUCUAAAAGUAAUGUAUACCAUUUAUGUGGAUAUACACAAUGUUUUGGUAUACAUAUGCUGUCAAUGUAAUGCAUGUCAUUUAUGUAGAUAUAUACAAUGUUUACAUGUAUAAUCAAGCCUGUGAUUCUAUUAAAAAACGAGAAGUUCAAAAGCCUGAAAUGUCUUUUUCUAGCAGUGUCAUAUAAGGAAAUUCUGGCAACCAAAAGCCUGAAAUCAAGACCAGUGUUGAAAAAUUCCUGGCCUGAACUGUAUGUGGAUGUAGGUCAUGUGAAUUAGAUAAACACUGUGUAUGCUGCUUAUGUAAAUAUAUACAUGUAGUAUACAAUUCCAAGACAGAGGUUCAAAUUUUCUACUGUCUUUAUAGAAUUUGGCAAUAUUUUGUUGAUGACACACUUUUUGUGGAUAUUGAAAUUAAUACAUUUAUUUAGU